GAUUAUAAAACAUUGAAGAAUCAUAAUAAAAAAACAAUAACAAACGAAUCAGAAUAGAAUAAAAUGCAGUAGAUCUCAUCGCGCGCGCGCGCACACACACACGCACACACAGCCUGAACGCGCAUCUCGGCACGCCUGGACGCACCGCACGCGCAUCUCGGUGUCUCCCGGUGAGCGUUUUCUCCGGCUGACCCAGAAUGGUUCUGAUGCGCAUGUUCGCUCCGUAGGUCCUCCUCAGUCUCGGUUCCAAAACUUCUCCAUGGCGUUGAACGUGACGCGUAACUGGACCAAUCAGUUCGCGCAGCCACCGUGGCGCGUGGCCCUGUGGUCGGUGGCGUACGGUUCGGUUCUGACCGUGGGCCUGUUCGGGAACCUGGUGGUGGUCUGGAUCAUCGUGGCUCACCGCCGGAUGCGCACCGUCACCAACUACUUCCUGCUGAACUCCGCGUUCUGCGACGCCGCCAUGGCCGCAUUCAACACCCUCAUCAACUUCAUCUACGCCGCGCACGGGGACUGGUACUUCGGGGAGGAGUACUGCAAGUUCCACAACUUCUUCCCGGUAGCCGCGGUGUUCGCCAGCAUCUACUCCAUGACCGCCAUCUCCGUGGACCGGUACAUGGCCAUCAUCCAUCCUUUGAAGCCCAGAUUAUCAGCUACAGCCACUAAAGUGGUAAUUGUGUGUAUCUGGUUUCUUGCUGUGGUUCUGGCAUUUCCUCUCUGCUUCUACUCCACCAUCAGGACGUUACCUCGAAGAACCAUCUGCUACGUCGCUUGGCCAAGACCAGCCGAAGAUUCGUUGAUGUAUCACACCAUAGUGUCUGUGCUGGUCUAUAUGCUGCCCCUUGUGGUGAUGGGAAUUGCUUACACCAUCAUCGGAGUGACUCUGUGGGGAAGUGAAAUUCCAGGAGACUCGUCAGACAACUAUCACGGGCAACUACGUGCCAAGAGGAAGGUGGUAAAGAUGAUGAUUGUUGUGGUGGUGACCUUUGCCCUUUGCUGGCUGCCGUAUCACGUGUACUUUAUCGUAACCGGACUGAACAAACAAUUAAACAAGAGAAAGUCCAUUCAGCAGGUUUACCUCUCAGUGCUGUGGCUGGCCAUGAGCUCCACCAUGUACAACCCUAUCAUCUACUGCUGCCUCAACAACAGGUUCAGAGCUGGCUUCAAAAAGGCUUUCCGCUGGUGUCCUUUCAUCCACGUAUCGAGCUAUGACGAGUUGGAACUACGUACGGCGAGACUCCACCCGCGGAACCGUAGCAGCAUGUGCACGCUGUCCCGCGUCGACACCAGCGUCCUCGGCGAAGACCCUCGCCAGACCAACCGCAAGAGCACCAGAUCUCUGAACCACACCGAGAUCAACAGCACCAAAGCUAGUCCUCCUCCCACCAAAUACGGCCUGUACACUGACGCAAGCUCCGCCUUCAAGCACUUUGAUUGACUGAAAUGUUGAUCUUCCAUCCGUUUCUGUUUUCAUACUGUAGCAUGGUGAAGCUCUGAACCUCUGGCCGAAGCAACCAGGCCAGAAUUCACGUUAAAAAACGUUACAAAAAUGCGAUCGUUGUUCUGAAGUCUGCUGUAAUUAAAUGUUCACGUGUAUUUAUUGUAAAUUCGACCGUGGUGUUGGUGGAACGUGUACAGAUGAGCUUUACUCAUGACGCACACACUGAAUAUUGUUAAAUGUAUUUAGUCACAUGACGUGAGAAUCUUCUUGAGAUGAAAACACUACCUGCAUGCUAAAGGUGUUAUAGGGUAAAAUCCAGAUGUUGUCCUGGAUUUCCUUGUUGUUUGUAGAUCAUAUGAUCAUAUGUUUUGUAGUAAAUGUCAAAAACUGUAAUAUCGAAACGUCUAUUUUGUGAUGAAUAAAAGAGACUCGUGGUCUGGGA